AUAAGUCAGAAAAACAAUUAUAAAAUUAGACAGUCUGACAGAAGAUUGUGUCAUAAAAUUUUGGUUCACUACAUUCUGAGUUCAUCUAUUUGAGAAAACGGGAAAAUGGGUUCUCAGGGCAAAGCACAAUGGCAUACCCCUAUAAAUGUUAUUAAAAAUAAACAGGAAGUUUGGGCCAUCCUUGAAAAUACUGGUUGGAAACCGGAAAAAAUCGACAGUGCAAAAUCGAUAACGUAUUUCGACAAUCCUAUGAAAAGGCAGCACCGGAGCGCCGAAUACGAUCUGUUUUUUGCCUACACCAAAGUGUUUCCGCUUUGGGAUCCAAGAAAACCCAAAGACAACUGUCAAUAUCUGCGCGAUAUCCGAGAAAACAUUUAUCAGCAGGAAAAAGCCAAACCGGUACCGGUGCUUACGUCGCUCAACUACGGUUUAGCAGCGAGGAGGCUCCUCGAUCAACCAGAGACUUGUUACAAGAGGAUCCAUGCGACUGGUGAUUUUAAAAGAAGACGCGGUGUGAUGAAAGUGGAAGAGCGAGAACCGCAAUAAUAAUAAAUUCUUUUUUGACGUA